UUUUCUUUUUCAAUUUCGUUUCAUCACAUUUUGGGGGGUGUCCUGUGCAGUCCCGUGAAAUUCCAGAACCAGAAACCGCAAACAAGAUGUUCCACAUUAUCCGGAGAAGCAUUUCAACCACGGCAUCGUUGAGCGGAAAGAAGAACUUUCGCAAGUUUCUCCUGUACAACAAACGUGGAACCAGAAUCUUCAAACAACAGCGAGCGGCGAACCCCGAUCUCUACCCAGACAUGCCGAUCGACAAACGCGGAGUGCGGGAUACCGGCGUCACGGUGGACGGAAAGUUUGUUGAAAUCCCGGAACGGAUCCCGGAGCUAAUUGUGCCCAAUCUCGAGGGCUGCAAGCUGAAACCCUACGUUUCGUACAAGGCCCCGGAUGUGGUGCAGUCAGAGUUCACCAGCCAGGAUCUGUUCAACGCCGUGUACUCGCAAAAGAUUAUCGAUGAUUGGAAGAGUGGCAAGCUGAACGAGGAUGGCAGUCCGGCGGAGCCAUCGGCUGAAGAGGCUCUCACGAAGGAAGAAGCAUGGAUUAAGGCCAGAAAAACUGGGUCCGAUAUGUUUUAAGUCGUGCAUCUGCAUGCCAUUGUUUUCAGUCAAUAAAACUAGGUUUAUUCCGGGAGAGUAGUACAGAGUA